AUGGAGGACUUCAUUCAAGUGCUCUCGUUGGAUUUUGGCGCUCUUCGCGAGGAGAACAUGAAAUUGAAGGUGGCGUUAACCGAGGCGCACAAGAAUAUUCGCCUAUCACAACUAACUGAGGACGACGAAGACUAUGAAAGUGAUAUUCCUUCAAGUGAGGAUCGAUUCAGAAUCAGUCCUCGACCGAUGGGUGACGUUAAUUAUGGCGAGUUGGCGCGAACCAUAAAAGACGACGGCCACUUGAAGAAGCUAAAAAGGCUCUCUGACGAUCUGAAAAGAGAAAAGGAUGAGCUGAGACGACUAGCUAUGGACACCAAAGAAGCUUUCUCCGUAUGCAUGGGAGAGGUUAGUAUGACAGGAGAAGAGUUUGAAAAGUGAUG